AUGAUGCCCCUCUGGCUCACUAUCUUCUUCAUAACCAUCUAUGUGCUCAAAUCCUUGAGAGUAAUUAUGCAGAGGAGCUUAAUGUUUGCAGUGCUGGGCAGAGAGUAGGUGCAGGCCAAAAGGCUGUCAUCGGUGGACUUGAGUCUCAUCUGCCUGGGUAUUUGCUGCUUCUGUCUACAGUGGGCAUCUGUCCUAUACAAUUUUUGCUCCUAUUUUAACCCUAACUAUGUAUUUUGGUACUUAUCAAUCACCUGAGAAUUUACUAAUACUCUUACUUUCUGGUUAACCAGCUUGCUUGCUGUCUUCUACUGUGUCAAAGUCUCUUCCUUUACAGUCCACCUCUUCUAGCUGAGGUGGAGAAUGUUGAGGUUUGUUCCUUGGCUGUUGCUGGGUUCUUUGUUGGUUUUUUGUGUGUCAAUCAUCUUUUCAACUAUUAGGAAUUGUGUCAAUGUUCGCUUAAUCACCGUGGGGCAUUUCUCUACAAACAGCACUAUGGUUAAGGGACUUAAGACAUUCCAUUUGUUUACCAUAUCUCAUCUAAUGGUUGCAUUGGUUAUUCCUUUCCUCCUGUUCCUGGCCUCCACAAUCCUGCUCAUGGCCUCACUGUUCCAACACAUGGAGAUGCAACACCAUAGCACUGGUCACUGCAGCUCCAGCAUGAAAGCUCACACCACUGCCCUGAGGUCUCUCACCAUCUUCCUCGUCCUCUUCACCUCUUACUUGCUGACCCUACUCAUCUCUAUUAUGAGUAUCUCAUUGGAUAAGAGGUCUUGGUUCGGGGCUUGGGGAGCUGUCAUCUGUGCUAUAGUCUCUAUUCACGCCACUUAACUAAUGCCGAGCAUCCCUAAAUUGAAAAAGUUUUCAAGAUAAGGUGCCGGAGCCUAGAGACUGACUGAGGCACAGGGUACAACAAGACCCCUGGGUAAAUGGGAGUAUGCAUUGACACAACUAAUACCAAUAACCAGUAUUAUUCUUGACAAUCCCCCAUGUACUAGUAAUACACCAUAUGUGCAAGCCUCAUUCUCCUUCAUCCCACAGCCAUCUAUCUCUAAUCAAUUCUUUCUCUAUUCCAUGACACUCCUUCAUUUGCUUUCCACAAUCAUCAUGUUGGUCCCA